AUGGCGAAUGUUUUGCAACAUCGGCAUCAGUCUAUGGGGUCUGCUUAUGACAUGCUCAAAAGUCUCAAAGCGAUAUUCGAUGACAAAAAUUGUGCGGCUAAGCAGACAGCCAUGAAAGCCCUUUUGAAUACCAAGAUGGCUGAAGGAUCAUCGGUUAGGGACCAUGUUCUGAAGAUGAUAGGUCUUCUGGAUGAACUGGAGGUCCUUGGAGCUGUGAUUGAUAAGGAAUCUCAAGUUGAGAUGCAAGUUCCUAUUGUGUUACUGAAUGUUAAGAAAGCUUCGGUUUCUAAGUCAAAAGGCAGUAAGAAAAAGAAGAAGGCUCACAAGAUUUUGGCACUUGGAGGUGCGGCUGCUGGUGUGAAAAAGCCCAAAGGAAAGUGCUAUUGUUGCAAGCAACCUGAGCAUCACAAAAAGCAAUGCCCUGCCUAUCUAGCAAAGUUGAAUAAGUAA